AUGAAUUAUUCGCAACCCGCGAGCCUUGACGGGGGCGGCGCGGGGGGGGGGGACCCGGAAUCAGCCUGCUGGUGCGUAAAAGCGCUGCUGGCGCCGAGGGCCGCGCGUCCCUGGUUCGCUCUGCGCUUCUCCAGCGUGGCCAGGGGUGACCCUCGCCUCUCCGCCGCCGUCUUCUUCCUCCUACGUUCCUUCUCCCGCCGGGGGUCUUGCGAGGCGUCCUUCUCUCGCCUCCCCCCCGCCCCCCCGCCCAGCCUCGGAAGGGCUGGAGAAGCGAGCCUCCCUCGUUUAGACUCCAGGCAUGUAGGGGAGAGCUGUGAGAUCACCCGGGUUAUAAAUAUCUCCGUGCCAGCAGCUCCGCGCUCUCGGAUCGCGCUCUCCCUCCAGCGGGCCGACGAUGCCUUCCCUGCGCGCCGGAGCGCAAGCCCGUUUGCCCCAGAGGUGCCGCGGCAUUCGCAGCCGCCUCCGCAAAAUGCCCUGCGCGUCCCUCCCGCUGGAAGAAUGAGCUUGUCUUUCUUCCUCUGCCUUCUCUUUCUCAGCCACCUGAUCCUCCUCGCUUUGGCACAGAAGGAGACGCUGCCCCCCAGAGCGCAACUUGGAGACGCGGCUUUGCGUGCCAAAAACAGCAGCAGAAGCAGGCUUGGAAGUAGGAAUACCACUUCUUCUUCUUCUUCUUCUUCCUCCUCCUCCUCCUUUUCAGCCCCUUCCCCUUAUUUCGCCCCCUCUUCGGGAGUUCAAGGCAGUGGUUCCGAAAGGAGCAGUUUCCAGUGGAGCCCAUCCGGGCGCAGAACCGGCAGCCUCUAUUGCAGAGUGGGCAUCGGUUUCCAUCUCCAAAUCCACCCCGAUGGGCAUGUCAACGGCUCCCACCAAGGCAGUAUCUUAAGUAAGUGCGUUUCGCUUCUCUCUCCGCCCCUUGCCUGGGGAACUGGGGCCACUCGGGGACAUAAAAUUCAAUGUUGCAGUUCAGGGUGUUCAUUUUUUAAUUUAUUUUUUAAAGAGCAUAUUUAGUGGUUGCUUUUAUAGGAAUCUGUGGGCAGGUGCUUAUUCCUAAACGUUCUUUUUUAAAAAAAUCGUACACAUUUUUAGUCUUGCUCGGUGUAAGUGCGGCUACCUACCUGCCCAGAGCCCUUGCGACCCUAGGACUAAGAACUUUACGCAUUUGAUGUAAAUUCGGUUAAAAUGAAAAGCUUGGCUUCUGGGCACACGCUGAAGUCCCUGUGUUGCAGCCCAGAGCCGUUCAGAGGGACGCAGCUCAAAGAGAUGGAAAUUUCGCCAGUGACUUCGACAGCAAGUAGAUUGCUCCCGUAGCAGGUGGAGAUCCUCAUAAUCUGUCUUCAAUUUGGCCUCUGGAGGGAAUGCAGAGAAGCAAGGUGGACUUCCCCACCCCCCACCCAAAAACCCCCAACUCCCUGGCUUGUUUGUCCUUCUUCAUAGAAGUUUACACCCUGAUUGGGGAGAGCUGGGAACAGAGGUCAUUCUAUGCGGGUGUCUGCAUAUUGGAUACACAGCAUUUUGUAAAUGGAAAAGUGCCAUUAAUAACUUUACUACUACUAAUGAUGGUGAUAAUGAUAAUAACAAUAGUGAUGGCUUUAAGCAGGGCACAGACUACUGCAGGUUUUUCUUUGCACAAAUCAACGUUUUGGUGUCUUCUUUGCUUCUGAGUGCCUUGCCUCUGCUUCACUCCUGUCCUAUUGGAAUUGUGGAUUCAGACUGCAGUCUGAUAACCCUUUACCUGGGAGUAAGCUCCUUUGAACACGUUGGGCCUUGCCUCUGAACGGACAUGGGUAGGAUUGCAUCACACUUCCUCUGCACACUUUCCCAGAAUUAAGUUCCGCUGGGAUGUACUUAAAAAGUGAAACACGCCAGUAUCAGCGAUAGAACAAUCGCAUGAUAAUGUGAACAGCUGAAUAACACAGCGUGUCAUGUUCACCUGUUGGUGAACAUUUUAUGUUUGGCUGAUAGGAACCAUCAGAAGCGGAUUGAUAAUUCCAAAUGCAAAUAGGAACAGUGAUGGGAAUAGUGCAAAAGGCAUUGGCUGGGGAGCAUACACAGUUUGAAUAGCCAAUGUCCAGUUUAUAUAGCCAGCAGCCAAACGUUAAAUGUUUUUCCAGGGUUGUGGCAAGAGGGAAGAUCAUGUAUUUGAAUGUUCCCACCAUCCAAAAAUCCUUGCUAAACUGUAUUUCUACAUGGAACCCCCACUUUUAAAAGCAUCCCCCACUUUCUCAGUUAUGAAGUUAUGAAAUACGCAGUUCUCAGACAGCAGUCUGGUAAAGGGCAAACUUUACUGCUCAAGUUUCUGUUGUGACUGAUAAAAGAAAAAGUGGGGGGGGGGGAAGCAAACUACUGAGAAUAACAGUGCUUCUUGGGACUUAGCAGAACUGAAACUAAUUGCAAGGAGUGGUUAGAUUUCUCCAGCAAAUUCUAAAUGACAAUAGGUUUUGUUGUAAUAUGAAACCAUUUUGGCACGUUAAGUGGUAUUUUAAAACAAAAUAGUUAUGAUAAAUUUUUAUUUGGAUUUCCCCCUUCAGCAUUACUGAAGAUGUAAAAUCCUUGAAUUUAGUAAAAUGUAAAGAUUACUGUCAUAAAGUUUAUCGAGAGUUUUAAGUUUUCCUCCUGUAGUGCAAAGGGAUUAGUGACUAUCGCUGAAAGUUUAAUUUUUAAAAGGGAAAAGUAGUAAUGUUUUAAGUAUCUCCCAAGUCCUACUGAUAUUCUGGAAUGCUGCUCUGAAGUAUCUGAUUUCCAUGAAACUUUGUUUUGGCUCUAUUGCCUAGUGCAGGUGUCCUAGGCCUAAUUCUCACUGGGGUGGCAACUGCAGGUUGGAGAAGAUUGGACAGCUUCUCUCUGCCACCUCCCCCCAAAAAAACUCAUUGCAUGUAGAGAUCUAGCAUGUCAGGGUGAUUGCUAGAGUAGGACCCUUCUCCCUAACUUGCUACUUUUCUGUAUACAGAGGCGGAGUUAUAGCAAAGAGCCACUCCCUGCAGUCUGGAAUUGUGCAUCCCUAACUGAGGGACGCGGGUGGCACUGUGGGUUAAACCACAGAGCCUAGGACUUGCCGAUCAGAAGGUCGGCAGUUCGAAUCCCCGCAACGGGGUGAGCUCCUGUUGCUCGGUCCCUGCUCCUGCCAACCUAGCAGUUCAAAAGCAUGUCAAAGUGCAAGUAGAUAAAUAGGUACCGCUCCGGCGGGAAGGUAAACGGCGUUUCUGUGUGCUGCUCUGGUUCGCCAGAAGCGGCUUAGUCAUGCCGGCCACAUGACCCGGAAGCUGUACGCCAGCUCCCUCGGCCAAUAAAGCAAGAUGAGCGCCGUAACCCCAGAGUCGGCCACGACUGGACCUAAUGGUCAGGGGUCCCUUUACCUUUAACUGAGGGUGGGAGGACACAACACGCAACAGGUCAAAUGCAGCCCUCCAUCCUCUCUUUCUGACAUCUCAGACUCUCUUGAGGCCACACACCCCACCAGCCAUGUUCUAUGUCCCCCAUCAAGUGCUUUUCUCUGGCGGCUAAAAUGUGUCCUUGAACUAUCACAGCCCCUCUAGCCUGGAUGGAGAGAUGCUGGGAUGGUGAUACAGAAAGUCCUGUUGGCUUUUGCAUGGCUGAGAUGUUGCCCUCCUAUCUUUUUUGUUGCUCCACCCACUUUUGGCUCCGCCCCCACCCAUUACUUGCACAAAUCAGUGGGCUGCAAAUCAGCUUGGUCCUUUUGCCUACAGAGCUGUAAGCGAUAAAACAGGGGUCAGCAAACUUUUUUGGCAGGGCCGGUCCACUAUCCCUCAGACCUUGUGGACUACAUUUUGAAGAAGAAGAAGAAAAAUGAGUGAAUUCCUAUGCCCCACAAAUAACCCAGAGAUGAAUUUUAAAUAAAAGGACACAUUCUACUCAUGCAAAAACAUGAUGCGGUCCCUGGGCCUUAGUUUGCCUACCCAUGUAAUAAAAGGUUAACUUCAUAACCAUGCUCUCCCCACUGACUUCCAGGAGAAUAAUUCUGAUUUAAGUAAGAUUAAAUUAGAUUAGAGGAUCUACCUGUUUACCUCUGGCUUCUUGUCUUCUGUGCUCACACCUCCCUCCUAGAAUACCUGUGUGGCUGCCUCAUUCUCUUUUCUUUAUUCCUUGUUAAUCAUUGGAACAAAGGCAAUGCACUGCCGAGGUAGAUUAGGGUAAAAGAUAGUUACUGGCCCAAGGUCAUGCAGUGACCUACGCUAACCUACCUCUGAGGGACGCGGGUGGCGCUGUGGGUUAUACCACAGAGCCUAGGACUUGCCAAUCAGAAGGUCGGCGGUUUGAAUCCCCGCGAUGGGGUGAGCUCCCGUUGCUAGGUCCCUGCUCCUGCCAACCUAGCAGUUCGAAAGCACCUCAAAGUGCAAGUAGAUAAAUAGGUACUGCUCUGUUGGGAAGGUAAAUGGCGUUUCCGUGCGCUGCUCUGGUUCGUCAGAAGCGGCUUAGUCAUGCUGGCCACAUGACCUGGAGGCUGUACGCUGGCUCCCUCGGCCAAUAAAACAAGAUGAGCUCCGCAACCCCAGAGUCGGUCACGACUGGACCUAGUGGUCAGGGGUCCCUUUACCUUUACCUCAGAGGGCUGUUGUGAGAAUAAUGUGUGUGUGCAGAGGUGGGGGAAAGCUGCAUAUAUCAUAUUGAGCUUCAUGGAGUAAAUAUAAAAUGAAUGAAUGAAUGAAUGAAUGCAGCUCUGCACAUUAGUGUUAGGAAAAGGUCAUCGGUCACAUUAACUCCCAUGUAUUGCUUAAGUGCUUUAGCACUGUGGUUUCUGAGCUAUGGUUUGUUUGGCCUUAGCCCAGAAGUUCUGGGAUAGGAGCAAGUCAGGCAUUGCUUCCCUAUAGGGGUAGAGUUACAGGGAAGCCUGGGGGGGGGGCUGCUUCCUUCCGGGAUAUAGAUUGGUCUCAACUAGGGCCAGGGCCUUUUCAGUACUGGCCCCGACUUGGUGGAAUGCUCUGUCACAAGAGACUAGGGCCCUGCAGGACUUGACAUCUUUCUGCAAGGCCUGCAAGACAGAGCUGUUCCGCCUGGCCUUUGGUUUGGACUCAGUCUGACCCUUAUGUUUCUCUCCCCUUAUGGUUUUGAUCUAUGGGCUACUAUUAAAAUGAGGCUGCAUUUUAAAUUGUAUUUUAACCGUAUUUUAUUUUAUUUUUCUCUCCCCCCCCCAUUAUGUUUUUAUUGUAAUUUUACUGAUGUUAGCCGCCCUGAGCCCAGCUCUGGCUGGGGAGGGCGGGGUAUAAAAAUUAUUAUUAUUAUUAUUAUUAUUAUAGCUCCCCCACCUGACUCUCAAGAAUUUCCCUCUUUCUGUUUAAAAAGUAAGUUCCUAGACUUUACGUGUAAAAAGUAAGGAAGGACAACACACAGGCAGCAGUUCUACCCAACUGCCAACUAAGAAGCAAGAGAGCCUGUGGUGCAGUGGGUCAGUGCGUCUGGCUGUUUACCAGAAGGUUGUUGGUUUGAGCCCACCCAGGAAUGGUGUGCGCCUGCAUUGCAGGGGGCUGGACUAGAUAACCCCUAGUGUCCCUCCCAACUCCAUGAUUCUAUAAGCAAUGCAACUAAAUAACUUUAUGCUUGCUGUGCUGCAAUAAUUCCCCAGCCCAUUAAAGCCCCUUUGUGAUACAAUUCCUGGCUAAGGGGAUUGCUGCUUAAUUCCUUCACUACCAGGUCCUGGGCCCAGUGCACUGUAAGUGGAUUGGGUCCCUUGGUCCACUGAAAAAGAAGGCGCUGAUCUGCAUAAGAUUUGCACCUGCUUUGUGUUAUGUGCAGGUUUGUGUCCUAUUUUGCAGACCUAGGAGUAAGUCCCUUUAAACACAAAGUGACCUGAAUUAGACGUGUACACCAUUGUACUGUAAGUUAGCUAUACAGUGAAUUCUUAAUGAGUACCUGUUCUUCAUAUCCUGCACAGUAGGAAACAUGCCUAAGCCUCUUUGCAAAGUUUUCACAUUUUGCAUUUAACUUUUUUUUGGGGGGGGGGGUUAACUAGCACUUGUGCAUCUUGUGUUUGCCGAAAAUGACAUCUAGGGAGUACCUGAUCUCAGGAGAACCCACCACAGGAAAGAUACUUCUUGGUUGCUAGGGGAGAAGGAAGGGGAAACCAUGGAGUUUCCAAGUAUUUGAAAAUGAGACAGAAACAGAAAAAGUGUACCAAAGGGGGAAACAGAAACUCACAGACCCCACAGAUUCCUAUGGCCCGGUAUCUAAGCCACUCACUCAUCAAUCACAGCUCUGACUUCACUCAUUGGUUAAAACACUGAUAGGCGGUAGCAGUCAGACUGACUCAUCUCACAGAAAUUGCAUAGGAGGUACCUGCAUAUUUCACUUCAUAACUUUUCUUCCAGGAGAGCUAGAAACUUACUUAUAAAAAAUGAGGCCCAUUCUGGCUAUGAGCCUAGUACAUCAGUACCCUUGUACCCUGUGUGCAGCAUCGGUGCCGGCCCUACCAUUAGUGAGUGUCAUGAAAGGUCAGCAUAUUGUUAUAUUAUCCCAUUUAUGAUUGCUGUUGCAUUCUGAGCGCACAGGAGAGGUGCUUGUUGGAUUUUCUGCCUUGGGUUCCAAAAGAACAUAGCUGGCCUUGGGUACAAGGCAGCACGAGUUAGCAAGGGGUGGGUUGGUGGCAUUUGCUGUCCUGGCUCAGGUGGCAAAAUGUCUUGGGUCAUUCCCUACCCAUUGUGAAGGUGUGUUUAGCAUGAAUUUGUAGAACAGGGUUCUGCAACCCUGUUCCCAUCAUCCCUGACCACUGGUCCUGUUAGCUAGAGAUGAUGGGAGUUGCAGUCCACAAACAGCUGGUGUGAAGGAUCAAUUUUAGGGCAGAGAUUUGGACUAUAUGAGUUUCAGGAACGUUCUCAUUCUGAGGAUGCAAUGAAAUUACUUCCAGAAUAAUGGGCUUUGGGGUAACUUGCUAGACAGCUUUUAUCUCUGUUACAGAAGCAUCCUUCUAAGUUGCACUGGUAUCACUGCUGUUUAACCAAACCUUUUAUUUACGCAGCAAGAACUAGAACAUGUGAGUCGCUGCUGAGCAGUUCCUGCUGGAAAAAAAGCGCUUAUUGUGUCAGCAGUUUACUGCGAUUCAUCCCACUUUCCCCAGCCUCUUUAUUUCACGGCAUUGUUCGCCUCUCCUCGAGUGCCUAGUUUGAAUUAUCCAUCUGCCUCCAGCUGUUCCUUGUCAAAUCUCUCUCUUUUUAUUUUUCAUCUGCUCAUUUUCUUUCAGUAUCCAUAAAUAUUUACACAGUGACAAUGAACUAUAAAGAUAGUAAGGACCAGGCAAAAGCAAUCGUUCACAAAUGGCAGCAUCUAUUGGAUUCCCUCCCCACAAAAAAACCCCCACAACCCAAAGAAACAUGAAAAAAAUAAAGAAAGGAAAAAGAGGAAAGAGGAACAUGCCCUCUUCCAUGUUUAUUUAUGCCUUUGGCUAUGCAUGAUUCCUGCAUUCCAGGUGCCCAGUUUAAUGGUCUCAUGGACAGCCAGUGCCAUUCCAUAAAUAGUUAUCUGGUACUAGAAUCACAUGAUGAGGGUUCCAGUACUGUGUCACUCACAAAUUUCCAUGAACAAAUCAUAGGGGCCACUUCUGGACUGUCGUUAUUUUGUAGGUGGGAUUCAAUUUCAUACAAGUAAAUUCAGGUUGUGCAAUUGAAGUGGAUCUGGUGGUCUUGCACAAACCUUUUCAAUCAUUACCAUUUCUUGUGGUCAGGAAAGUGACAAGGAAAAUCACUGGAAACUGUGGGGGAAACCAUUGUUUGACAUGACAUGUCCUAUGUGUGUACAUUUAUGGGUCCGGGGGGGGGGGGUUAGUCUGUGUGAGAGAGUGUGUGAACAGGGUAAAGGUAAAGGGACCCCUGACCAUUAGGUCCAGUCGUGGCUGACUCUGGCGUUGCGGCGCUCAUCUCGCUUUAUUAGCCAAGGGAGCCGGCGUACAGCUUCCGGGUCAUGUGGCCAGCAUGUCUAAGCUGCUUCUGGCGAACCAGAGCAGCGUACGGAAACGCCGUUUACCUUCCCGCCAGAGCGGUACCUAUUUAUCUACUUGCACUUUGACAUGCUUUCAAACUGCUAGGUUGGCAGGAGCAGGGACCGAGCACUGGGAGCUCACCCCGUCGCGGGGAUUCGAACCGCCAACCUUCUGAUUGGCAAGUCCUAGGCUCUGUGGUUUAACCCGCAGCACCACCCGCGUCCCUGUGAACAGGGUAGCCACCGCCAAUUAUGGCAAUAUGUACUACUGUUAUGAGACACACAAACACCCUGGAACCUGGGAAAGGGUUUAAACAACCCCAACUUUAGCUCCAGAUUUCCAGCCUCAAUGGCCAGGGCUAAGGGGUUUAUCUAUCCUUUCGCUUGACCUGUGUUUUGGACUAGGAUCUUAUCAAAGAUGCAUGGAAAAUGCAAAGAGAGAUUUUGCUUAACCAAGCUUCGAUUAGGAGGGCAAUAUCAGAUUUUUGCAAGGCAGAGCCACAUAAGAAGAAAAGCUCUUGGACCUGGGGGAAUUAAUCGGGACAUAAUAUGAGCAAAAUAAAGGUUAAGCGGGACUGUGGAUCAGCCCCAGAGAAACACCCUUUGGACCCACCAGCACUGUACAGAAUGGUUUAACAACCAAUCCCUCUUCACAGGGAACUCUGAAUGUUGCAGCUCUGGGAGGGGAAUAGAGGGUCUCAGUACCCUUAACAAACUACAGCUCCCAGAAUUCUCUGGGGGAAGCUGUUUAAAGUGGCAUGAUGCUGCUUUAAAUGUGUAUAGUACAGAUGGGGCAUUUUCCAGCAUACGUCUUCUCUUUAGAGAAGGAGAGGUGUGGAGCAGAGCAGCCCAUAGCUGCUUUUGCUUUAGAACGUUCUGCAUCAAGUAAUAAUAUGCUUUUAACAAUUUCAACCAUUUUUCCUUUUGCAUCUCGUCUUUCAUGUUAUGACCCCCUAAUAGCUAGCGCUUAGAUUGUUCUUUCCAGGCUUUCGUAGCCCUACAGGGGAGAUUCAGAAUGUGCACUGCCAUGUAAAAAUAGUACCCGCUGCACUCCCUCGCUCUCUCCUUUUAGAAAGAACUGAUCCUUAUGCGGAUUCAGAGCCAGCGUUGUUCACCUUCAGCACAAAGUAAAUCUGCUCCUUCUAUCGUGCGUUUGCUUUUGAUAACCCCCUGAGCCAGAGCAACAGAAGACAAGAGGAAAACGUGCUCUCUUCAAAAGCAAACCACCAAAAGAUUUGAGAGGCAGGAUGAAGCGAGGACAGCAGCAGGAAAAUGAAAAGGCAGAGAUGGGCUUCUGAUGUUGUGGUCCAUCACAAAGGAGGGACAUGGGUGGCGCUGUGGUCUAAACCACUGAGCCUCUUUGGCUUGCCAAUCGGAAGGUCAGUGGUUCAAACCUGCAAUGGGGUGAGCUCCCAUUGCUCUGUCCCAGCUCCUGCCAACCGAGCAGUUUGAAAGCACACCAGUGCAAGUAGAUAAAUAGGUACCACUGUGGUGGGAAGGUAAACAACAUUUCCGUGCGCUCUGGCUUACUUCACAGUGUUCCUUUGCUUCAGAAGCAGUUUAGUCAUGCUGGCCACAUGACUCGGAAAGCUGUCUGCGGGCAAACAUUGGCUCCCUCAGCCUGAAAGCGAGAUAAGCGCUGGAACCCCCACAGCCGCCUUUGACUGGACUUAACUAUCCAAGGGUCCUUUACCAUCCCAAAGCAUUCAGUUCAGGAUUUGACCACACUUCUACUUGUCCCAUGCCUAGAAAGCAUGGGUCUGAGCGGUUUCCCACUUGCCCUGCUCCUUUUUCAGGGAAAAUCCACUCUUUAGUUCCAAAUCAGAACAAACAGCUAUCGACCAAAAGCCCAAUUGCCGUUUGCUCCGACUGAGUGCUAAAGAGUAGUUUUCCCUGCAGGAAAGCGGUAGGAGAAUCAUACAGUCAUAGAAUGGUAGAGUUGUAAAUUUGGCCACUAACUUGUUAGCAGGAAUGCGGCAGUCAGAAUAUAUUGCAUGGAUAUUAUACCAACUGCAUUGCUUACAUAGAAUCGUAGAAUCUUAGAGUGGGAAGGGACCCAAGGGUAAUCUAGUCCAACCCCCUGCAAUGCAGGAAUCUCAGCUAAAGCAUCCAUGACAGAUGGCCAUCCAACCUCUGCUUAAAAACCUCCAAGGAAGGAGAGUCCACCACCUCCCGAGGGAGGCUGUUCCACCAUCAAACAGCUAUUUCUGUCAGAAAGUUUUUCCUGAUGUUGAAGAAUCUCCUUCCUUGUAACUUGAAGCCAUUGGUUCAAGCCCUACCAUCCAGAGCAGGAGGAAACAGACCUGUUCCCUCUUCCAUGGGACAGCCUUGGAGAUAUUUGAAAGUGGCUAUCCUAUCUCCUCUCAGUCUCUUCUUUCCUAGGCUAAACAUACCCAGCUCCUUCAACCGUUCCUCAUAAGGCAUGGUUUCCAGACCUUUGAUCAACUUGGUCAGCCUCCUCUGCACACGUUCCAGCUUGUCAAUAUCCUUCUUAAAAUUGUGGUGCCCAGAAUUGGACACAGUGUUCCAGGCUUGGUCUGACCAAGGCAGAAUAGAGUGGUACUAUUACUUCCCUUGAUCUGGAUACCAGACUUCUGUUGAUGCAAUUGGAGAGCCCAAAGUCCGCAGCUGCAGAGGCUGCACCAUACCUGCCAGUUGCAUGGGCCAAUGUUCUGUCAAUGUGGUAGAGUGAUCAGAGUGUUGGCUAAGGGCUGGGAGACCAGGGUUCAAAUCCCCACUAAGCCACGAAGCUCACUGCAUGACCUUGGUCCAGUCACCAUCACUCAGCCAGAGUUGUUAGCAGAAGAAAAAGAGGAGACUGGGAAACACCUUAAGCUCCUCAAAGCAAAGAUGGGGUACAAAUUUAACAAAUAAACAAAGUCCUGAGUCCUGAGUAUAGAGAGGAUCAGGUAGCCCAGUGGGCUAGAUCCCAGCAUCGGGAAAAGAAGCUAAAUGUUUGGGCUAUUGUAUAUUGGCCUCUUCUUGUUUUAUGUUGAGCAAGAUGUGAUUUAAGUGCUCAUUUCAUCCUUCUUCACUGCUUCAAGGAGAGGAUGGUGGAGCUACAACUCAGGAUGUUAAACCUGCGCUGUUCCCCAGAGCCAGCAGAGAUCCAGGUUCUGCUUUUUCUGUGUUUGGAAUGAGUGUCUGGGAUGAGUUCAGCAUUACUUUUCUCCAUAGCUCAGUCGGCAGAGCAUGAGACUCUUAAUCUCAGGGUUAUGGGUUCAAGCCCCAUGUUGGGCAAAAGAUUUCUGCCUUGCAGGGGGUUGGACUAGAUUAAGGUUACCAGAUUUUCCCCCCCAAAGAAUCUGGGGACCCUUUUUUAAAAAAAAGAGAAAAAAGUUAUUUUUAAAAAGUUAUUAUUAUUAUUAUUAUUAUUAUUAUUAUUAUUAUUUUAUUACUUUUAAAAAAGAAGUAAUAUCUUCUCUUCUGUGGCCUCCUCUGUUGCACAACCUUCCUCUGGGCCCCGGCCUGCUCUCUAGGAGCGCUAGCUACAUGGAGUAGGCUCGGGUCAGACAUGGGCUUGGCCACGUAUCCUUGCCCUCCCGGUGCUCUCCUACAUCUCAUCAGUGGCGGCGGUGGCAGCAGCGUGGCAAGGUCGGGGCUCCCCUCUUUUUUCUCCUUCCUCUUUUCCUCUCUUCCUUCUCCUUCUCCUUCUCGUCUCCUUCUCCCUACGUCGGCUCUGGCAUUUUCCUGGCCCUGGAGCACUGCUGGAGAGUCGGCCGGGUGGUCGGGCGCUCUUGCUUCCGGCUCAAUUUGGGUCAUGGGGGGCAGCGGUUUCCCCAGUUGACGCACUGGGCACCCCUGGUUCCUUUUUGGUAGUGGCGGCAGCAGCGGCAGCCUCAGCAACCCAGAGGCAGCCUGGUAGCACAGUUGGCUCUGGCUGGCUCCAAGAGCUACUCGCUGCCAUGGCGCCCACCAUUUUGCCUCGCCAGAAGUCCCCAUAUGAUGUGUCUUGUGCCACUGAACCAAUCACACAACAUCCAUUCCCUGAUAAUAAAUCUACAACACUUAAAAUAUGAAUCCGGGGACAUUAAAUGAAAUCCGGGGUCGGAUUUUGUCCGGGGACAUAUUUGUAAAUCCGGGGACUGUCCCCGGAAACGGGGACGUCUGGUAACCAUAGACUAGAUGACCAUUGUAGACCCUUCCAACUGUAUAAUUUUGAGAAUGCUAUGAAUGCAUAGCCAAUGAAACUGGGUAAUGACAGCAGGGUGCUCCUUGUUUUCUUCAACCUAACAGCUGAUCGGGGUUCCAACAGUCACAUCUUGCUUCUCUGCAUCCUACCAACAGACCGUCUGUCACCAACCCUUGUGAGCUUGCAGUUGUCUCUCCUCAUGAGCAGUUAGAAUGACCAUGACACUUCCAUGGUGUCCCACAACUCAUCCAUCUGCUGGGGAAAACUGCAUUUAUUUAUUUUUUGUGGGGGUUGGAGGGGGAGCGAAGCUAAAGCUCUUCAGCUAAUUGCUAGGGAACUUUCAAAGACUGAAGUCAGCAUGCAACCUUGGUAAGUUUCCUAAACUCUCCUCCAGAGGCUUGCUUCCUUUCAGUUGCUAUCGAUAAUAUGAAUGUGAUGGCCCUGUGUCAAUAUAGGGUAGGAAGGGGGGGCAUAGCGAAGAAUGCUUAUCUUGCUUUCAUGUAUCUGAUGAGCAGAAGGAUCCAUUGGUCUUUAGCUGCAAUCAGGGGGAGCUUGGGUAACCCCAGGCUGCAAUGGUAGAUAUGCUAGAUGCAUGCAUUAUAAUCAGGAAAAUUCCUUGCAGGCAUGUGCAUCUUAGCCGAAAUUGCAUACCAUAAUGUGUAUAUUAGGAGAAAGUCAUGCUAAAAUGCUGAAGAAUUUAUCAUUUUUAAAAAAGCAUUUGCAAACUGAUUUGGAGAACGGAACGUAAGAUUAAAAAAAAACAGCAACGAGGAAGUGAGAGACCAAAGCAGACAGAUUUGCCAGUCCCUAAUUGCACUUGGCUUAUUUCAAAUGCUCCUGGCUGCUUCCAGAUCUGCCUUUAACAUGUUCAGGGGUGAAUGUCUUCUUCUGCAAACAAUAUGCUUGGUGAUCAGUAGAGUCUCAGCGCUCCCCAGCACUGUGCAAAGCAGCUGGGUGUGUGUGUGCGAGAGAGAGGUCCGGAGUGUGUGUGUUCAUGUGGUUAAAAUCAUUUGCAACGGAUGCAAAAACCUUAGGGUAUUCUGGAGGCUCCAGCCUGCUGGGAUAGGGUGCUCUUUAUUCUGCAAUAACUGCUCCUAAACCCAGAUAUAUGGAAGCAGCUGCGUCAUGUUAUGGUUUAUUUAUGUACCCCCAAGUGGUGAGCAUCAUAUCAAUAGGAAAGAAAUAUAUAAUAAGAGCACAAAUACAUGGAGUAAGUCAAAGCCAUAUAAAAUAGCAAAAUUACAACAUACCCACCUAGAUAUGUGUUAGGAACACCAGUUAACCCCACUUCAAGGAAACAGAAAAACCAUAAAGCAAGCCAGCCCUGUCUCUCACCUGGGGUGAACACACUCCCUUCCCAUCUCUGACCUGGGGUGUGUGUUUUACUAACUGAGGUUAACACCCACAUCAUAUAUUUCAAGCACUCUUCUUAUUCUUUAACAGUCACGGCUUCCCACAAAGAAUCUUGGGAACUAUUGUUUGUUAAGGGUGCAGGUCUACCAUUCCUAGACACCCUUAACAAACUAUAUUUCACAGGAUUCUCCACGUCUGCUAAAGUGGUGUAAGAAUGAUGUACAAUGUAUGUUGUGGUUGUCACCAGACUUUUUCUCUGGCACAGAAACCACUUCCUUCUCUGGCUGCCGUCAGCCAGCCAGCUGACUCAUGAACCCCAGAUUAUAAUUGCCAGAGCCUGGAGGGAAAAUCUGGAGGAAAUCCUACAAGCCUUCUGUCUCCCACCCAGGGGACCCACAAAACGCCGUGGUUAUCUGCUGGCAAGAGAAACACACUCUGUACAUCCUCAGAGAUGCUCUCAUCUAUCUAACUAUGUCACUUGUUUCAACAUUACACCGAGCCACUGAAAACAAGUUUCCAGGAUUGAGCCCAGAGGCUACAGGAAUCAAGCAUGGGGGCAGGGAGGUGGUCCUGGCUUAAACAAGCCUUGCUGAUUUUGAAGGUUUGUUCUCUUCCCCCUAAACUGGUGGUUCCCAACCAGUGUGCCGUGGCACCCUGGGGUGCCUUGAAUAAUAGUCAGGGGUGCCAUGGGCAACACUGGCCUCUGUCCCUCUUCCCUUCCCUCCCUCCUCUGAUGAGCAGUGGACCCGUAAUCUGGUGAACCGGGUUCGAUUCCCUGCUCCUCCACAUGCAGCUGCUGGGUGACCUUGGGCUAGUCACACUUCUCUGAAGUCUCUCAGCCCCACUCACCUCACAGAGUGUUUGUUGUGGGGGAGGAAGGGAAAGGAGAAUGUUAGCCGCUUUGAGACUCCUUAGGGUAGUGAUAAAGCAGGAUAUCAAAUCCAAACUCUUCUUCUUCUUCCUCUUGCGUCUCUGCCUCCCCAAGGCUUGCACAGCUGUUUGUUGCAGAAGCCCUGGCUAUAAGCUCUCCAGGCGAAUGGCGCCUCUGGUGCUGGCCAGGGGAUGUUUCCCAGGCCCCUGUGGGGCAGUGCAAAGAGGCACAUCUCUUUGGGGCAGGAGGGGGCAGCUGAGAGACUAGGGGUGGCAGCUGCAGAUGCCCAGAGGACUCCCAAGAAAAGGAGAGAGGAGGUUGAGGGCACACCCCACAAGGUAGGCUGUUUGAAAAAGGGUGAGAGGCUGCCAGCUCUGCAGGCAAAGGGCUCUUGAACCCAGGCCCAGACAGAGGGGAGGGGCAUAUGGGCCACUUGGCCCAGGCCUCCAAUUCCAAAGGGGGCCUCGAUCAGCAUAUUUAUCCAUAUUUUCCAUUUUGUCUUUAUAUGCAGAUACGGUUCAAGCCUUGAAAUAAAAUUAUUUGUCAGCAUAACUUUUGUGAAAAUUAUUUAUGUACUUACUUAUUUAUAAGACUUCAGUUAUCCCCAGGGUAAAAAAAAGGGGGGGCCCUGGCCCAGGCCUCUGCCUGGCUCUGUAAGGCUCUACUUGAACCCCACAGAGGAGUCACAGAAAGAAUGUAGUUGGUCAAGGGAGCCGUGGAUCCAAAAAGGUUGAAAACCUCUGCCCUAAACCGUCUCCUGAUGCCUUCCUGUUGAGGGCAGGUGGAUAACCCCAGAGUGAGCAGCCAUUAAAUUCCACUCACACCAGUUGUGUCCUUUAAAACCUCAGGACGUCUAUAAAUAAAUGUAUAUUCAGAUAACCCGAGCAAGCAAGCAAGAAGCAAUCAAGCAUGAAAUCACAGUUUAAGCCUAAAAUGACAAAGCUAGUUUUUCUUCUUCUUCUUCUUCCUCCUCUUCUUUUCCCUCCCCCUUUUUUAAAAAUAAAAAAGACCUGACAAUGCAUAAGAUUUCUUUCUCUCUUCUUCUUUUCUUUGCAGUGCUGUGAAAAAACGAAUUGUGUUUUAUUUUGGGAUUUCUGUCAUCCUAGGUAUUUUGGAAAUAUUUGCUGUGUCUCAGGGGAUUGUAGGAAUACGAGGAGUUUUCAGCAACAAAUUUUUAGCGAUGUCAAAAAAAGGAAAACUCCACGCAAGUGUAAGUAAAAAAAAAACCCAAGACGAAAUAAAAUACUGCAUUUCCAGGGUAUGUGAAAAAUGUCUCUUGUAGCUUGCAAAAGAGUGAAAAUAUUGCAAGGUCAUCUGCACUGCACCUUGUGAGAUUUGAGUCCACAGCUCUACAUAUCACUUCGUUCAUUUCCCACCAUUUCUUCCAAGGGGUUCAAGGUGGUAUAUGUUUAGGCUGAGAGACAGUGACUGGUCCAAGGUCACCCAGUGAACUUCAUGCCUGUAUAGGGAUUCGAACCCUGGUCACCCAGGUCCUAUUUCAACAACGCCACGCUGGCUCCCUGCUUACGAAAAUACAGAAGAAUGAAGUCCCCCUUGACCUUAAAUUUCUCAUCCCAGUGCAGCAUAAUUUUUGACCCAGCGUGCUGGGAUAGCUCAGUUGGUAGAGUGUGAGGCUCUUAAUCUCAGAGUCAUUGUAACUCACUCUACAUGGGGCUGCCCUUGAGAAUGACCCAGAGACUCCAGCGGGUGCAGAAUGCCGCGGCGAGACUCCUUACGGGGUCUUCGCUGCGAGAUCACAUUCACCCGGUGCUAUACCAGCUGCACUGGCUCCCGGUGGAGUACAGGAUCAGGUUUAAGGUGCUGGUUUUAACCUUUAAAGCCCUAUACAGCCUAGGACCCUAUGGGACUGCCUCUCCUGGUAUGUCCCAAGGAGGACCUUACGGUCUUCAAACAAAAACAUCUUGGAGGUCCCGGGCCACAGGGAGGUUAGACUGGCCUCAACCAGAGCCAGGACUUUUUCGGCCGUGGCCCCGAUCUGGUGGAACACUGUCACAAGAGACUAGGGCCCUGCAGGACUUGACAUCUUUCCGCAGGGCCUGAAGACAGAGCUGUUCCACCAGGCCUUUGGCCAAGGGACAGUCUGACCCCCUCCUCAUAGAACUCUAGCCCAAUGGUUGCCAUUAAUUUGAUUUUGAAUUGAUUUUAGAAUGAAUUGAUUUUAGAAUGCUGUGUUACUUUUAUUGUUGUUAGCCGCUCUGAGCCCGGUUUUGGCUGGGGAGGGUGGUAUAUAAAUAUAUUAUUAUUAUUAUUAUUAUUAUUAUUAGUUUGAGUCCCAUGCUUGGGGAACAAUAGGAUUCCUGAUCUUGACUAGAUGACCCUCCAUCAACCAUGUAUAGCGGCAGCCCAUCAAUGAUUUUGUUUCAAUAUCCCAAUGCUGCUGUCUGCCCAAGCUGUGUUGCACCAACUCUACUCCAAGGGUUCAGGUUUCAAAGCCCUAACAAAUCACUGAAGUUUCGUUGUCUCUUACUGGAUCCAUAUAGGCAUACAGCAAAACUACUUCUGCUUCUUUUGCCAAAUCCAACACGGGUCCCACUGUGGGUUAAACCACAGAACCUAGGACUUGCCGAUCAGAAGGUCGGCGGUUCGAAUCCCCACGACGGGGUGAGCUCCCAUUACUCAGUUCCUGCUCCUGCCAACCUAGCAGUUCAAAAGCACGUCAAAGUGCAAGUAGAUAAACAGGUACCGCUCUGGCGGGAAGGUAAACAGCGUUUCUGUGUGCUGCUCUGGUUCACCAGAAGCGGCUUAGUCAUGCUGGCCACAUGACCCGGAAGCUGUACGCCGGCUCCCUCGGCCAAUAAAGCGAGAUGAGCGCCGCAACCCCAGAGUUGGCCACGACUGGACCUAAUGGUCAGGGGUCCCUUACUGGCCCAGGAGACAACCUUCAACAGAUGAGCCUGCAAACAGGGUCUUCUGCAACCCUGGCUAGGUUUCAUCAUAGAUAGUGUAAUGCAGGGAUGGGAAGCCUCAGGCUCAUGGGCCAAAGUGGCGAUCCAGGCUCCUUUUGGCCCAGGCCACACCCUUCACUGGUCUUGCCUCACAACCAGGUUUUGCCUGGCUGGAAUGUGCCCAUCCUUCCUCUUGCUUGCCUGGAUAGAGGACAGAAAGUGGUGUUAUAAGAAAAACUGCUCCCUUUCUCUUAUGGGGUAUUCCAGAGCCCUUAUAGACUCCUUAAGUGGGUUCCCUAUUGGUAGGAGAAAUAACAGAGGCCAAUCAGAGUCAAUUGAGAAGCAAAGCGGCUCGUAAGCCUGAUCUUUAUUCAAGGAACUGUGGCAACAGGGUUCCCACUCAUCACACGUAGGAGGGAGGAGAACCCUGAACAAUGGUGCCCUUAUAUAGACUUUUGAAAUUUCCCACCCUGUAGCCCAAGACCACCUCCCUAAAACAUCAUACAUACAUCACAGAAGGAGGUGGUCGACAGCAGAGGAGGCAGUCUACAGCAGAAAUCCUGUCUGCCAGGAUACCUAAUAAUGGUCACUGAUUGUGUUACCUGGGCAGUCUAGCCAUUCUUUUAUGAUGGUUAAUACUUUAAUACCUGAAUCCAGGUCAUAGAUAAAGGUGAAGGGGCUCUUGACCAAUAGGUCUAGUUGUGGCCGACUCUGGGGUUGCGGCGCUCAUCUCGCUUUACUGGCUGAGGGAGUCAGCAUACAGCUUCCGGGUCAUGUGGCCAGCAUGACUAUGCCGCUUCUGGCGAACCAGAGCAGCGCACAGAAACGCUGUUUUACCUUCCCACCAGAGCGGUACCUAUUUAUCUACUUGCACUUUGAUGUGCUUUCGAACUGCUAGGUUGGCAGGAGCAGGGACCGAGCAACGGGAGCUCACCCUGUUGCGGAAAUUUGAACCGCUGACCUUCUGAUCAGCAAGUCCUAGGCUCUGUGGUUUAACCCACAGCGCCACCCACGUCCCGAAUCCAGGUCAUAGGCCCAUCCUAAUCAUACACAAAUACGCCCUUAGCGCAGGAUUUGCAAGCAAAAAGACAAUGGGAAGGCUCUUCCCAUUUGCCUCCCUUAUUGCAGAGGAAUAUCUGAGGAGAGUCAAAAUGGCUUCAGGAUUGCUUUCCCAUACUAUGAAUAUUUAUUCUAUAUUUGAGACCUUAAAUUUCUUGUAACAGUGGUUAUGUGAGCAUGUGUAGAAACUAGUCUCCCGAAUAAGGUUAAGAUGUACACUAAUUUCCCACCCACUUUUGCCUCUGGCUAUGCCUAUCCUGGCAUGUGGCCCCUGGCAGGUUAACCAGAAGAGAAUGUGGCCCCUGCGGAAUCCCCCCCCCACCGCUGUACGGGAAGAGUCCCUCUCAAGUGCUGCCUUGGCAGAUGCCCAUACAAAGAUGGCGGCCUGCCUUUGGCGUGGUGGCCCACAAGUUGAGCUGUUCCGCCCCAUCCCCUUCCCCACCGAUGUGAAAUCGUCUUGUUAUUUCAUGUUAUGAAAUUCUGACGUGAUUCAGCGGCUGCCAAAAUUAAAUAAGCCCCCUUCCUUGGCUUCUGGCUAAUUGCUGGGAGGAGGACGUGGUUGGUUCCAGGGGGAUCAGACAUGACAACCUGCUUCAGACAGGUCACCAUGAAAGGUUAAGACCCCCCAUUCUUCAGCCAAAUCAGCACAAGAAAUUAGUCGAAACCCGAGCCAAAUGUCUAAAGUUCACUGGGCUAAACAAUGCCAAUAAUGUAAAAACAGCAUCUGUUGUUCUUUGCUGCUUUGGCAGGGUGCGUUUAUUUUGUGGGAUAAUGAGUUCGAAGAGGCGCAAGGAAGUGCUGUGCCUGUCACUCAGGGAAGCUCUUUGAUUUUAACGGCGUUUUGAUUACUUCCAGCCGAACUAGAGAUAAAAUCAAGAACCACUGUUGUUUUUGGGUUGCGGGGGGGGGGGGAGGAGGAAGCGGAAGCAAUUCCGUGGGCUGUAAUAGGUUUCCCCUUCUGUAUCUGAGGUCUGGCCUUCCAUUUCAAGUGGUAAUCUAAUUAAAUUAUAAAGCAGUUUAUUUUUUAUUUUUUAUAAUAAGGAAACUGGAUUCAGGAGCAACAUUAAUCCUGGCAAUUAUCAGCUUCCCAAGCAGAUGGCUCAAUUUUUUUGUUCUGAAAGGAGCACUCAUCCACCCCUCCUGUUAUAAUGUUUCAGGCUAAAACCCAAUGCCCACAUAUACGAGGAGCAAGUUGCAGUGAAUCCGAGGACAUUUUUCUCCUGAGUAAAUAUGCAUUGGGUCAAACUCAACAUCAUCCUGCCCAGAAGCUUUUCCUUUUGUGAGGUUGUGUUCUCAGCAGAAGCUUUACCAUUUGAGGAAAAUAUGUAUCUGGAAGAGGACAUUUCUUUCUCUUCCUUUUACAGUUAAGUUUGCGGGUGGCGCUGUGGGUUAAACCACAGAGCCUAGGACUUGCCAAUCAGAAGGUUGCCGGUUUGAAUCCCCGCGACGGGGUGAGCUCCCGUUGCUCGGUCCCUGCUCCUGCCAACCUAGCAGUUCGAAAGCACGUCAAAAGUGCAAGUAGAUAAAUAGGUACCACUCCAGCGGGAAGGUAAACGGUGUUUCCGUGCGCUGCUCUGGUUCACCAGAAAGUGGAUUAGUCAUGCUGGCCACAUGACCCGGAAGCUGUAUGCCGGCUCCCUUGGCCAACAAAGCGAGAUGAGCACCGCAACCCCAGAGUCGGCCACGACUGGACCUAAUGGUCAGGGGUCCCCUUUACCUUUACCUUGCAAGCAAAAAGGCGAAAACAGACGAGACACCCGUAGGGCAGUUAAGGGUUCCCUCAGUGUGAUCGGUUCUACCAAACCUUUCUCACUCAUAUAUAAGAUAAUAAUCUGUGGGGUUUAACAAUGCAACACUGAACUCACUUGUCAUGCUCGUAAGGGAAUACCCAUUAGCAAGAAAGAGGCUGCCUUGCUGAUGUUCCCAACUUGCACAAAGGCAAAAUCGACAGAGGCAUCUUCAGUGUAGCAUCCAGUUUUAAUAAUUCUCUCCUCAUUGAUUGCAAAGGCAGCUGAGCAAGAUUAAUGCCCCGUGAGACAAAGGAUUUGCUCUUCUGGUUGACACAGAUCUUGGCAGGAAACAGAGGACCUGCUUCAGUAGCUUCAGACAAGAUCGCAUCGAUACUUUUUCAUCCUUUUGUACUAGCCCGGAUGGCCAGACAUAGAUUAGAAAGGAGGAAUGACCUUCAGAAGAGACAUCUGUUCUAUUGGAUGUCCCCCACUGUUAAUACUCUCUCAGGAUCCAUCCGUCAAACUAGUAUAGUGUUAGAAAUCCCAGAAGUCAGUCCCUUUCUCUCUCUCUCUGGAGCUUAUGUCUAGAAAAAAACUUUGCAAAAUCUAGACACCCCCUCCUGUCAUCAAAUAGCUGAAGGUAGGUAGAGAAAGAAAGUGAUAAAGAGCAGCAACAAUGUUUCUGUAUGCUCCAGUGGCAUUGCGGCUUUUGCUGCUGCCCGGAGCACACAUGCACAUGCUGAGCAGGGCAUGGAGAGUGAACAGAACCCACCACGCCAGCCUGUCCUUGCCACCGACACCAGUGGGUGGGGGCCAGGCAUGGGCAUAGCCAGGAUUUAUGUUGAAGGGGCAGGGUUCAUGUUCGAUGGGAGGGCAGAACCUCAGUUAAGUAUUUACCGUAUUUUUCGCUCCAUAAGACGCACAGUUUUCUUCCUAAAAAUUAAGGGGAAAUGUCUGUGUGCCUCAUGGAGUGAAUGCGUGGUCCCUGGAGCCGAAUUGCCCAGGGGCGAAAAGCAGAUCGUGCUUUUUUUUUUUUUUUUUUUUGGAAAGAGGGAAGUGGGUGUUGAAACAAAGCCGCUAAUGGGCAAGCGAUCGGGGAGGGAGAUAAGGGACGCUAGAGAUAAAGGAGGCUGCCUGGGAGUGGGGAGGCAACGACAGCAAACUUACAAAGGGGGGAAACAGGAAGACUAAAGCAAAAGAGAGAAAUUAGAAGAAAAGGAGGAACAAAAAACUGCUCCAGCUAAGGAAAAGACACUAAGGCAAACAAGAGGGAAGGGAGUGUUGAAAGGAAACAGCUGAUCAGUGGGAUCAGAAGAGAGAUAAGGGACUCUAGCAGCCUCUGCGGAGGCUGCCUGGGAGGGGGGAGGUAAAAGCCCAUGGAUCCCCUGGAUUUUUACAUUGGGUCACCCCAAAUUCACCAUCAGAUCACAUAGCAUGUCCAUGGCUACAGCCUUCACCAAAAAAACACGCAUCCACUGUUUCCUGGGGCUGCAAUGGUGCAAAAAUGUGGUUACAAAGCACGGAUCCACAUGGUUCGUCAGGAUUUUUGCAUUGGGUCACCCCAAAUUCACCAUCAGAUCCUCCUCCGAAAACUAGGUGAGUCUUAUGGUCAGGUGCGUCUUUUGGAGCAAAAAAUACGGUGUAUUGAUUUACUUGGCUACGCCCAUGGGGCCAGGUGCAGAAGGUUCAGAGAGCCCACUGUGCCUGUUAAGCCAUCACCACCAGAGCCAAGUGGGGCUGCAAGGAGGAGUGUGGCCGGCUGACCCGGCCCUUGGUAGGUGAAUUCCCCCCUGGUGCUGACUGGGCAGCCAUUCAGCAAUGGGGCUGGGGAUGUGGUGGCAAGUCCAGGUAGGGCUCCAGGCCCCAGAGACCCCUGGUGGCAGCCAUGGCAGGCCUGCAUGGGGGUGCCUGGUUUGUGCCCCUCAAAAUCAUUCACCCAGGGCUAAGCCCCCCCCGCCUCCCCCACUAUGCCUCUGGUGUGCCCUACAGUCAUGUUUUAACUAUCUCUUAGGUUGUGCAUGUAUAGGAGAGUGAGGUUUGGGUGUUGCAGGCUCUGGGAAGGUACCUACUGUGGGAAUGUUCGGGGAUGCAGGAGAGGAUAUAUUGUUUGGUUAUAGCCUUUCCAACUUGUGUUAACAAGUUCACAAUUUAGCAGAGUAACAUUCCCCUUUUUAAACUUACAGCGGAUGCGUUUGCUCAGGCUCGCUAAAGCCUCUAUAAUAACUGCUCAGGUAUUUCCCCCUUAUUCCCUCAUAAAAGAUAAGAUGCAACACAGUCUUCUAUAAAAGUAUAAAAAAAGAGUUUACUCAUAUUCUGUUCACAAUCGGAUCCCAGAAGGUAGACUUAGCUCAAAAAAGUAACAUACACCUGGAAACUAUCUCAUAAGGAGACAGUCCCUUUGUCCUCUCUUGGCUGGAAGCCCAGAGAGCAUGUUGCUUCUUCGAUGCAUGUAGUAAAGAGAGAGAGAGAGAUGGCUGCCCUGCCCUGUGCUUUUGUUGUUACCUGCACAGGUGAGGCCAUGUCCACUCUAGCAAAACAAGGAAUGUUGUAUAUGACUGCUCCCAGUGGACUACAUCCCACAUUUAUACGGGGAGGGAGUUCCACAAUUUGGGGGCCACCGAAGAACAUGCCUUCUCCUGCUCCAUCCCCUGCCCAUCUUCUGAAAGUGGCAGAGGCAGCAAGAGGGUCCUCUUUGCCAAUCUUAGCACCCAAGGGGGGGGGUCUGUAGGGAAGGGGGCAAUCUCUCAGAUAUGUGGGACCUGAGUUGUUUAAGUUUUAAAUGCUAACGUGUGCACCUUGAUUUGGUCCUGGAAAUGAACUGGCUGCUGGAUUUAUAUGUGAUCUCAGUGAAACCCUGGCUAGUAAUCUGGUCGCUGCAUUUUGGACCAGCUGAAGUUGCCAAAUAGUCUUCAAGACCAGCCCCAUGUACGGUGCAUUGCACUAAUCUAGUCUGGGAGUUACCAGUUCAUGGUGACCGAAUCAUUUCUGUCCGAAUGGGGCUGUAGAGCAGGAGUGGAGAAUGUUUUACCAGCCCAAGGGCCACACUGCCUCCUGAGCAACCUUCCAGGGGCCACGUGCUGUUGCUGGGCAGGGAAAGAGAGAAAAAGUGGGUGGAGCAAGAGUUCUGGCUCUUACAUUAGUACACUAGUCUACAUUCUAGCUAUGCAAAUAUCAGUGGUUUCUACACAAACACACCCCUCUUUAUCCUGAGGGCAAAGGACAAGAUGGUGUGGUCCCCAUUCUGUGCACAAAAUCUAGAUAGACUAGUGGUUGACUCAGACUUCAGCACUGGUGAUGGAACAGGGUAGCAGAGUCUUCCACCACUAGCACACAUUUCUAGCCACUUUCAGCCCCUUAGAACUUGCCGCAAGAACUUGCAACACUCUGCUUCUUGGAAGGGCCAGGCUUGUGGUGAGGCCUGGGGAGAAUCGCAAGGGCCCAACAGAGAAGCCUGGAGGGCAGCCUCUGAAGUUCUCCAUGCCUGAAAUGGAGAGUGGGAUCCCCAAAGCCAACCAGCUCCAGUCCAUUUUUCAACCCUAGAGAUUCCAUGGGGCAUCACAAAAUCCAUGAUCCCCAAAUUACUGGGGCAGGGAGUGAAGAGGCGGAUUGUCACAGGACAAGACCUCAUUGUAAUCAGAGAAGGAGAUGAAGGCCAUUCAGCUGCUAACCUCUCCAUUACUCUUUCCUCCUCUCCCUUAAUGAGUAGACCCUUGACAUCAGGACCCUCUCCCAUCUACCCAGACCUACUGAUGGAUGAGACACGCAUUUCCGUGCCAAAACAAUCCAAACUCCUUUGGGAGGCAAUCAUGUGGAAUUGUGUUCUCAGAUUUAUAGUGAGCAAGUCAGCAACGCUAUCAUCUUUCAGCUCCGCUAUAUUGUUAAGUAGCUACUUAGCUCAAUCUCUCUCCUUUUUUGGUGGGGAAGAACAAGAGGAAAAGGGAGCAAAAAUGGUUCUUCUUUUCACAUGCAACCCAUUGCGAUGGAAAUUUUGAAAGUGCUUCAUUAAAACCAUUGUCUCCCUUUCUCUCCAGCAAAAUGUUAAAAGGAGAUGAAAGGUUGUCAGGAAAGUUUUGUUUUUUUAAAAGACUCUCUGAGGGGAAAAGUUUUUUUAUUUAUUUUGUAUAUUUAUAUUCCACCUUAUCCUCCAUUGGGCAUAAGAAGGCAUAUCUGUGUUUCCGCUGCCCAUGUUAGCCUUACAACAACCUUGCGAGGUGGGCUGUGAGACACUGAACUAGUCCCAGGUCAGCCAGCGAACUUCCUGGGCACAUCUGAAUUCAUUACAGUCAAAUCAGGCCCCCUAAACCAGACCUUUCAUAUGCACAAGCGAAUACCAAAUGCCACUGUUUAACAAAAAAUAUAAUUUCUGUCCAUGUGCCCAUUGUUUCAGACAUCAGCUUAAGAGAUUGGAUAAUUCUGGAUAACAUCACUUUGAUCACUGGACUUGGGCAUUUUACAGCACUUUCCCCCACCCACCCCAAGGCCUGCUGGACACCUGAUGCGAAAUUUUGUAAAGAUUUUAUGGCCUAUAUCCAUUGAUUUCCCCCCAGGAUCUUGAACAGAGUGGCCAUAUGCUCUCUUUUACAGAGGGCAUUCCUAUUCGAGUAAACCCUCUGCUUAAAGGACUGCCUGGUCCAAGUCUGGUUGAAAGAUAAAGAACUCUAAGGCUGAGUAAAGCACAAUACACCGUCAUGUGAUAGACAACAAUCCCAUGACUGCAAUCAUGGAGCAGGAAUUCUAACAGUUUACCCCUCACAGAGCUACAAUUCACAGCACCCAUAACAAACCACGGUUCUCAGUAUUCUUUGGGGAGAAGUCAUGUGCUUUAAGGAAGGAGAGCAGGGAGGUGGUCUUCAACUUGCCCAUCACAGUCUUGACCACAGUCUUCCCCAUUACAGUAUUUUAUACUGUUGCACGCUCCACCAGGAGCUCCAUACACACUGCCCAGGCUUGCACCCCAGGAAGGUCAUUGCUAAUGCAGCAGUUUGACUUCACCCCCAGAGGCGCACUCCAUUGUCUCCUGAGGCAGAUGGAUGCCAACAACUCCCAGCAAGAGCUGCAUACCACCCAUCAUGUCUAAAUCUGCAUCUGUACAAUGAUUAGCAUUUGCAGAUUGUAUGCAAAACCAUGUCCACCCUUUGGGGAAAUGCUUAAGUGGCUAUCCUAGCCCCAUAUGAAAGUGGGGCUGGUGUGUACUCUGAGUGGCCAGAUGAGAUAAGACUAAAAAAAACAACCCAAUAGAUUUACCAACCCUUUAGAUUCAGGGCUUUUUCAUCUCAGAGUAGCCUGUGGGAUCAGGCCAAAGGCUCAUCUGCCUCCAUAUACGUUUCCCAUCUGUGGACCAGCCAGAGAUGUCUCUGGGAUUCUCACCAAUAAAGCAUGAAGGCAAGAGCACAUCCUUUUUUUAUUUCCCCCUAUGGCUUGCCACUGGGUAUAUAGAGCCCUGUGGAUGGGCUCCAAAAGUACUUAUCUUCCAUAAAUCAAACCUAUCUAUCUAUCUAUGACCCCUGACUAUUAGGUUCAGUUGUGGCCGACUCUGGGGUUGCGGCGCUCAUCUCGCUUUAUUGGCCGAGGGAGCCGGCGUGCAGCAGUCAUGUGGCCAGCAUGACUAAGCCGCUUCUGGCGAACCAGAGCAGCGGCUGGAAAUGCCGUUUACCUUCCCACCGGAGUGGUACCUAUUUAUCUACUUGCACUUUGAUGUGCUUUCGAACUGCUAGGUUGGCAGGAGCAGGGACCGAGCAACGGGAGCUCACCCCGUUGCGGGGAUUCGAACCGCCGACCUUCAGGAUCGGCAAGUCCCAGGCUCUGUGGUUUAACCCGCAGCGCCACCCGCUUAGCAUCUCACUCAGGUUACAGUUAAGUUGCACAUUAUUUCACCUCCCCCCUCCCAUGCAUCUUAAUAGUUCAAGACAUGCAAAUAAAAUGAAUGAUUAUGUGUCACAAUGGCCAGCUCCCCUCCAUUAGGGGGGAAAAAAUACUCCAAUCCAUUGUAUUCUCACAUAGGGUAAAAUUAGCUUUACUGGUGACUUGAAGCAUCAAUAUGGUGGACGUGUGCACUCUAUAUGCCCUUUACGGUUAGUUAAGUGACUGUUUCUUACCUUGCAUUAUGCUAGUCAUGCAAAAAGAAAAGGCGUUUCUGCAACCUCAUGAGAAAUUUCAGGGAGCUAAUCAGGAAGUGUGGACAAGAGAGAGUCUAAGGAAUAAUUUGAAAACGGGGGGAACACGUCUAUAGUAAUAAUAAUGAUGAUGAUAAAAUAAUAGUACUUGCUGGGGCUGAUGAGAGUUUUGGCUAUGCAACAUCUGGAGACCGAAAGGUUCUCCACACCCUGUCUAGAUCAAUAAAAUGGGCUUAGAAGUCGGGUUGUUGUUUAUUGGUGUUUAAAUCGUAUUGUGCAUUUAUGUGCCAUAAUCCACUUUGAGACCUUCAGGUGAAGGUUCAAUAAGAAAAAUAAGAAAUAAUAAUUAUAGGCCAACACAGGUACAGUGACAACCCUUUUAUAAAGCCAGCAUUUGCUGCUAUUGUCGUUUCCUCCUUCUAAUUCCCUAGGCCAAAUUCACAGACGACUGCAAGUUCAGGGAGCGGUUUCAAGAAAACAGCUACAACACGUACGCCUCAGCAGUUUACAGGACUGAGAAGACGGGCAGAGAAUGGUACGUGGCCUUGAACAAACGGGGCAAGGCAAAACGAGGGUGCAGCCCCCGGGUGAAACCCCAGCACAUCUCGACGCAUUUCCUCCCGAGGUUCAGGCAAGCAGAACAGCCGGAACUGGCUUUCACUGUCGCUGUUCCUGAGAAGAAGAAACCACCUGUUGCCAUCCCAGCAAAGCCAAAGGUCCCGUUGCCGGUGCCUCGGAAGAACUCGCCUCCGGUCAAAUAUAGACUCAAGUUUCGCUUUGGAUAGUAAUGGCCCAACUCUCUUCCACUGAGGAAUGUUGUUUUCUUUCUUUCUCAGGAGCGGUUGCUGCUUGUAUGCGACACCACAGGGCAGAAUAGCGGAUGGGAUUCUGCUCUGCAUUUCACUGCGCCGGGAGGUCCUUCUGGAAAGAGUCGUGUUCGUUUGGGUCCCUAGCGCCCAAGUUUAAUUCACUUUUUUUCCAGUAGCUACAAAUGAAGUGGAAUUCUCCAAGUGCUCAAAGGCGUAGGGCGCCAAAGAUGGGGCGGAAAGGUUGUUUGGGCACAGGUGGGGUGGGGACGCCUUAAUUUUCAGUCUCAUCUCUCUGCUUUCCAACUGCUGAGCAUGGAUUGUGCUUUAAACGGCUGUUCAAAACUGGCAGGCACUAUUGCUGCAGUAAUGUGUUUUCCUGCCUCGGCAGGGAUUGGACGAUAUGGCCUUCGAGGUCCUUCCCAAAUCUAUGGUUCUGUGACUGCUGCAAGAUGUGAAAGAUUACCUCAUAUGUUGAGUCUAUUUUUUUCUUCAAAUUCCUGAUAAUUGUUUUCUUACUGUGAUCUUUUCCUGUGAGAAGGGGGAGGAAAUUGCUCGUGUCCUUUCCAUGCCCCCCCCCCAAUCACUUUUUUCUGCACUUUUAAGAUUUCCCCAUCCCCGACAUACCUCAGACAAACAGAAGGUGGAGUCACCCAACUGGUUUAUCUCAUGAUUUUGAUUUUAAAGACAACUUUGGAACCCAGCAGGGGGGAAAUAGUGGCACAGCAAAUUUGAAAUAGUGAUGCAAUAAAACAAAAAAAUGAAAAGGUUCUAUAUGAACCCACAAGGCCAAAGCUUGUGGUUUUAACAUUUGCACGGUGUUUUGUAUACACCUGUUCUCUCCUGGAAGUCCUCUGUAGCGGAGUAGCCAUGAAUUUUUUUAGAUGAAAGCAAAAUUUAAAACCAAAUUGGAGUGUUCCUCUUCAGUCAGAACAGCCAAUGAAUUUCAAGGGAAGCCAAGACAGUUGGCUAGCAACAUUUCAUGAAUGGGGUGAGAUUGUUCAUUCCUACUUCAUAUGCACCAUCGGCUCCUGCUCUUUCAGAUUACCAUUUUGUUAUUAAGCAUUCAUCCUGAUUUGCUCAGCCAGUGGACAUAGGUCUUCCUGUUAGUCAUUCAUUCAUCCCAAACCUUUCAGUGUCCCCCCCCCCCACACACACAUCACUUUCCUAACAGCAAAAAGUCAUUUUGCAAAAAAGUGGGUUUCUUGUGCCAGGAUAACAGAGGGUCCGGCCCGGCCCACUGAUGAGGCAGGGUGAGGCACUUGCCUCAGGCAGCAGAAGUCUAAGAUUUAUUGUUUAAUAAUAUCCUUCCCAACUUGUGUUAGCAAGUUCUAUAAUUUAGUAGAGUAACAUUCCCUUUUUAAACUUACACAGCGGAUAAGUUGCUUUAGCCUCUAAAAUCAAUUUCCUGGUAAUUCCCCUUUAUUCCCUCCUAAAAAGAAUAGACAUGACACAGUCUUGUAUAAAAGGUAUAAAAUAGUUUACGCAUACAUCCCAGAAGGCAGACUUAAGGUACAAAAUAUAUACACUUGGAAUCUAUCCCAUAAGGAGAUAGUUCCUUUGUCGUCUCUUGGCAUCUCAGGUUAAGGAGAUGUUGCUUCUUCAAGGAAUGGAGUCAGAGAGAGAUAUGGCUGCUUGUGCUGUACUAUUUUGUUACCUGCACAGGUAAGGCAACACCCACCUCUGGUCACAUGUAGAGGAAGUUUGUCCCAGCCCAGGAGGAAACAGGAAGUUUAUCUACUGGCUGGACAAACAUCCCUCUCUAGGACUGUUGUAUUUGACUGUUGUGUGUUUCACAUCCCACAAGAGAGGCACCAGCAGUGGGGCACCAGCACACCCCUGCUUUGUGGGGGUUGGACCCUCACAAUUCUAUGACCCCCCCUUUCACCUCAAGCGCUGAAAUGGGACAAAGCACCCUUGCAAAGGACUUUGGUCUGCUUUAAUUGUCCAAACCUAAAUUUCCAGUAUGCACUUGAAACCUUAACCCUUUCUGCGAAAGAAUCUGGAGGAGACCUGGAUGAAUUGGUUGCUGUUGCUUUGGUUUGAUACCAUAUUUCCUCAGAUCACCUGAUUGGAAAACCUCAUUGUUCCUGGUAGGUCAGAUGAUCAGCGAUAUACUGUGCUCCAAAUAAACAUAUGCUCACGACAUCCUCACACCUUUCACCAUCCUGGAGAAAAGAGUGGAACGCUGAGGCUCCACAUUGUGUUGAAAUUUGUUCCCAGAAAGUAAUGAGUGGACAAUGUCAUAGAUUCCCCCUCCCAAAUAAAUAUGUACAACUUUCCUAAAAGAGGACAGGCCAGCCAUUGCUCCCCAAAGUUCCCCAUGCAUAUAUAUGUGAGCCCAGGGGAAUUUUGGGCAGUGCUCAUAAUGUGAAGAGGGUAGAAACACUGUUGUGUGACUCCAUCCUUACUUCUGUGUUGUUGUUAUUGUGUUGUUUUAUUUUAAAUUUUUUUUAAAAAACAAGGAUUGAUUCCACUCUUAGUAGAAUUUAGUUCGUUUUUCUUUUUUUCUCUAAAGAAAAUAACAGUACCUACCUUUGGAUUCC